AUGUUUGAUUCACCUUUGGCACAAACUCAAAAUGCACAGAACUAUGUAGACAUAAUGGUGCAGAUCCGCAAGUACACCAGUGAGCUUGAGAAUGAUACACCUACUAUUGUAGCAUUUGGUGAUCAAAGCGCUGGUAAAAGUUCUUUGAUGCAAAGAUUAACUGGUGGCAUUCCUGUACCGAAAGGUGUUGGUAGGUGCACUGCAACUCCAUUUGAAAUUAGAAUGAUGCAGACACAAGAGCCAAUUCGUAGGAUAUCUUUACGAUAUGUGGAAAAUAGCAAACGUAUAGCAACGUCUCCAAGCGAAAUCGAUUUUUGUGAUAUUCUAGAUAUGGAACAUGAAAAGAUUGAAGACAAAUUACGAGAGGCUCAGCGUUAUGUUCUAAAUCCAUCAAUAAAAGUACAAGAUAGCCCGAUAUCUGAUACAUUGGGUAAUAAAGACGAGUUGAUGUUCACGCGUAACGCUAUUUGCGUUACAAUCGGUGAUCCUAACCAAAAAUUUUCAUUGGCCAUGGUCGACCUUCCUGGAAUUAUCAGAGACAACCAGGAGAAUGAGGACUUUGUCAUUUCUCUUGUUAAAGAAUAUAUCAAUAAAGAUACGACGAUCCUUUUACCAAUAUUUCAAGCAACUGCGGAUAUAGCGACACAAAGUGCUUGGAAAUUAGCAAAAGAAGCUGAUCCUAGCGGUAAACGCACGGUUGGUGUCCUAACAAAAAUCGAUCAAAUCUCUGACGAUGAAAUUAAACAUAAAGCGUUGGCUAAUUUUGUCGAGGGUAAAGGUGAACAUCAGUUAGUUAAUGGGGUGUAUGUGGUGAGGAACCCUGCCAGCUCUAAAGAAAAUUUUGAAGAUCACGAGUCUAUUGAAAAGAAUGCACUUAGCCAUUUAAUGUUAAAUAAAAGUUGGAGAAAUGUGCCUAGUAAUAGGUUAGGAUUGAAGCAUUUAAUUGAUAAGUUGAGUGACUUGCAAAAGUUAGCCUUGGAUUUAGCAUGGCCAAAAAUUAGGCCCUUUUUACAAAAACGUAGAUCCGAGUUAGAAGCAGAACUAAGUUCAAUACCACCAGCACCAAAAGGUAACCCUAUAAUCCGAUUUAUAGAAAUAAUCGGAAUUUUCGACAAAGAAUUCACUAAUCAUGCAGACGCCAAUGAUAUCGAUCACCGUUUAUAUCGUGGACAACAGUGGAAUUUCGGAGAAUUUGAUAGAGUUUUGUUGAAUACUCGCCCUAGAUAUAACUUAUCAAUUGAUAAUCAAUUAAUGAAUCAGGAAUUUGAUCCAAUCAGACCUGGUGCACUACAAGUUCGUGGCUGGACUGAUAAACUGUUGAAUGAAAUUGGUGCUGAUGAAUGGUCUAAGGACGAGGGAUUGAUAGCCAACGAAAGCGAGUAUACCUGGGACAUGAAACAAUUAUGUGAAAAAAUGCAAGAGGCCCAAGGUGGUCAGCUAGUUGGGUACUUUCCGUAUAAAGCGAUCGUUUCUAUAGUUGCCAGACAUCAGAAAGAAUGGUAUAAGAUCUCGCAUACACUUUUAGAUAAAAACGCUGAAUGGGUGCGAAUAUUCACAGACAACUUUGUCGAAAAAAAAUUCUCUGAAUUUCCAUUUGUUAUAGAUACUGAGGAAACUUUAAAGCAACUUCUCGAUUUGGAAAAGAUGGAACACAUGUCAGCUAGUCGCGCAUUGUAUGUAACGGAUGAAGCAACAUUAUUAAAAAAGCAGUACAAAUAUUAUAUGGAGAUGCGAGUCUUAUCUGCCAAUAAAGAGAUAAGAGGAAAACUUACCAAAAUCAUUGAUCUAGGAGGAAAGUAUUUUGAUGCUUUUAAUAAUCGGUCUUCCACACCUACAAGCAGUGAUACUACAAAUUUUGAGAAUAUAAAAAAUGAAUUAAUCAAGGUCUUGAGUGAAAACCAAACAAAGGACGAAGUUAGUCAGCGGUUAAUUGAAGAUAUAAAAUCCUCGAAUGGAAAAACACCAUCAACAGCGACUGUUUCGAUGAUGAUCACGGCUAAAAAUAUGUUUUUAGAAAAACUCAUAAACAAAGUUCCAAAAAACUCGGACAGUAAACAAAAUUCAGAACUUUUAUCAUCCACGAUUAAUGAACAGGCUUUUCUUGCCGCUACUGUAACCUUAUUGGAAAAUGGUGCAUUCACGCUUUCGUGA